AGGAGGACUUAACUGGACUGUGUUAAUUUGUAUCUGAAGUUGUGAUGUCUGGAGGAGAGAGGGGGGCCCGAUUAGAAAGCAGUGGUCCAUAGACAGACACGGGGAGUCAGAUUUCAGCUUGCGAGGGCCCCCUGAGCCCCGACACACUGAAGCCGCCUUUGUUUGCCUGGAAACCAGAAGGAGAGGGAGAGCCAGAGAGGAGGAGGACUAGGAGGAGGAGGAGGAGAGAGAGGGGUUUUUAGUUUGGAGUGAGUGAGACAGAAGCAGAGUGGACUCCAUCUCCCUCACUCUGUCAUUACCACAUAUGAGCAGGGAAACUUUAGUGUGGAUCUAAGAGCACCAUCAGUGAAAAUGACUACACGCAAUCCUCCCUGGUUCUUUGGAUUAUCCCUCCUCAUCCUCAGUUCCUGCUGGCAUCACUCCUCUGCCUAUCAGCUGCAGGAAGACCGUGGUUCUCAGAGCUCCUUGGACCUGACAGAGUUGAUUGGCGUUCCCCUCCCUCCUUCUGUGUCCUUUGUUACUGGCUUUGAGGGUUACCCUGCCUACAGUUUCGGCCCAGAUGCCAACGUGGGCCGCCUCACAAAGUCAUUCAUCCCCGACCCAUUUCACCAUGAUUUUGCCAUCACGGUCACGGCCAAGCCGACCACACGCCGUGGCGGUGUGCUAUUUGCCAUCACAGAUGCUUAUCAGAAGAUUGUACAGUUAGGUGUAGCAUUGUCGGAAGUGGAAGAUGGCUCCCAGAGAAUCAUAUUGUACUACACUGAUGCAGAAACUAGAGGGGAGACCCAAGAGGCAGCUUCAUUCAAAAUGGGAGACCUGACAGGAAGAUGGGCGAGGUUUACACUUACUGUACAGGGUGCAGAGGUGCGUCUGUACAUGGACUGUGAGGAAUACCACAAAGUUGACUUCGCCAGGAGCACUCAGCCUCUGACCUUUGAGGCCAGCUCGGGCAUCUUUGUAGGGAAUGCUGGUGGCACAGGCCUGGAAAGGUUUGUGGGUUCCAUCCAGCAGCUGGUGUUGAAGUCAGAUCCCACGGCCCCAGAUGACCAGUGUGAGGAAGAUGAUCCUUAUGCCUCUGGAUAUGGGAGCGGCAGUGACUAUGAAGACUUAGAGGGGAUAGAUGAAGUGAAGAAAAUUGUGGAGGAGAGAGAAUAUCCAAUGCCCUUCCCAGAGCUGGACCCCACUUACAGCACUCCAGUCAAAGCUCCGCCCACUGAUGUGUCAUUCAGUGAUGAUGAAGAUGAAUAUAUUGGGGAGACCUCUGGACAAGGGGAGACGACCACAGCAGAAAUAACAUCCUUUCAGACAGCUUCUCCUGCCUCCAAACCUGACACUUCCCUCCAGGUGUCUCCAGAGCAUAAAGGGGAGAGAGGAGAUCCAGGUCCAGCUGGACCUCCAGGACCCCCUGGCCCACCAGGAACAGCAUCAGGAGAAGGAAGAGUGCCUGGACCACGAGGUCCACAAGGACCACUGGGACCUUCAGGUCCUCCUGGACAUCCUGGGAUAAAUGGACAACCUGGAACUAAAGGUGAAACUGGUCUCCCAGGAGCACCAGGAUUCCCUGGACUACAAGGAGACCCUGGUCUCAAGGGAGAAAAGGGUGAUACUGGUGUUGGACUGCCUGGCCCUCCUGGUCCUCCUGGACCUCCUGGUCACCCUAGCAAGUCUUCCAUGUUCCCGGAGGGGUCUGGAUUUGAAGACUUUGACAGUGACACAGAGAUUAUUCGAGGUCCCCCAGGGCCUCCAGGUCCCCCAGGAGUGCCAGGUCCCCCAGGGACUGAAGCUAAGCAUGUCUUGCCUGGACCACCUGGGGUUCCCGGGAGAGAUGGAAAGGACGGAGAGCAAGGUGCACCAGGACUGCCUGGAGUCGAUGGAAAUGAUGGUGAUCCAGGGCCUGCUGGAGAGAAGGGAGAAAAGGGAGAGUCUGGUGUGAGCGGGCAACCAGGACCAAAGGGAGAUCAGGGUCCACCAGGAUUUCCAGGUCUGCCAGGAUCAUCAGGUCCAGAAGGGCACCCUGGACCCAGGGGGCCUCCUGGUCCUCCUGGGCCCCCAGGACCCACAGUUAGAGGCUAUGCCCCAGUGUUUGCGGAUUUGGAAGGAUCUGGGAUGCUGGAUGAUUUCAUGUCAUUUAGAGUUCAACAGGGUCCUCCAGGAAUUCCUGGACUUCCAGGACCCAAGGGUGGUCCAGGAGAGCCAGGGCAAAAGGGGGAGCCAGGUCCUACAGGGCAAAAAGGGAUGCCAGGUUUGGAUGGACUAAAAGGGGCUGAGGGACAAAAGGGGGACAGAGGUGAUCCAGGACAAAAGGGAGAGGCUGGACAAGAUGGAUUUAGUUUACCUGGUCCUCCAGGGCCACCUGGACCGCCAGGACCCAUUAUUAACUUGCAGGAUCUUCUACUAAAUGAUACAGAUGGUGCCUUCAACUUCUCAGGGAUUUUUGAAGCUCAGGGACCUGCUGGACCAAAGGGUGACAUGGGAUUGCCAGGUGUGCACGGACCUCCAGGAUUAAAAGGUGAAAAGGGCGAGCCAGGAUUUAUCAUCGCAGCAAAUGGAUCCACGAUGUCUGGCCUGCCGUGGCACAAAGGACUCAAGGGCGAUAGCGGCUUUCCUGGACCCCCUGGAAUUCCAGGGCCAAUGGGACCAGCAGGGGUCAAAGGAGAAUUUGGUUUACCUGGACGACCAGGUCAACCUGGCCUGAUGGGACCUAAAGGAGAGAAAGGAGACCCUCGAGGACUGCCAGGACCUCCUGGCCCUCCUGGACCUCCAGGUCGCCCAGGGAUAUUCAACUGCCCCAAAGGAAACCUUUUUAGGAUGAUUCCAAAAUAUCGCUGCAUGCUGCAUGCCAACACUGGACAGGUGAAGGCUUGGUGCCAGGAUAUAACUGAGCUUAAUCCCGAUGGAACAAUUGCAGCUGGUAACUGUCGUUCAGGACCAAAAGGAGAAAAAGGAGAAAGGGGCCUUCCUGGGGUACCAGCUCCACCAAACACAUUUAUCCCCAGAGGAGGCUGGGGGUUUAGAGAUGACCAAGGCAUCAAAGGGGAUAAGGGACAAAAGGGAGAGGCCGGGAAUCCGGGGGAACAAGGUAUCCCUGGGAGAUCAGGACUGGUGGGACCCAAAGGGGAUUCAGUACUUGGUCCUCCAGGCCGCCCAGGCAUUCCAGGCCCACCUGGUGUCCCAGGCUAUGGCAGAACUGGUCCUGUUGGGCCUCCUGGGCCCCCUGGCCCUCCAGGGCCAGUUGGGUUGCCCUUCAGAUAUGGUUCAGGUCUGACCAUAGCCGGCCCCCCAGGACCUCCUGGACCACCUGGACCUGCUGGUGCCUCAAGUAACACAGCAGCUCUGAGAACCUUUUCGACUCGAGAGAGUAUGAUGCAGCAGACCCUCAGGGAUGCAGAGGGGACUCUGACAUAUGUAACAGAAACAGGAAGUCUCUUCCUCAAGGUUUCCCAGGGAUGGAAAGAGAUACAGCUUGGCAGUCUGAUCUACCUCUCCAACAACAUCAUCCCACAAGAUGAACCUCAAGCUGUGUAUCAUGUAAGAGGAGACACGAUGCAACGGAUCCCCUCAGUUAAAGACAGGCUCACCUUGGUUGCUUUAAAUCAGCCACACUCUGGGGACAUGAUGGGCCUCGACAUGGUUGACCGGAUGUGUUACGAGCAGGCCAAAGCAAUGGGUUUGCAUCCCAACUACCGUGCCUUCAUCUCAUCCCACAAGCAAGACCUGGUCCAUGUGGUCUAUCCAGGAUUUCGGGAUACUGUCCCAGUGACCAACCUCAGAGGAGACGUGAUGUUUAGGAACUGGCGCUCAAUUUUCAACGGCAACGGGGGGCCAAUAAAUGCCAGGAUACCCAUCUACUCCUUCGAUGGCCGCAAUGUUUUAGCUGACCCUUUCUGGCCUCAGAAAAGCAUCUGGCACGGUUCCACCAACAGGGGUGUCCGAGUGGUGGACAAACACUGUGAGACGUGGCGAGCAGAUGACAUCUCCGUCAUGGGCCAGUCAUCCUCCCUGACCUCAGGUCUGCUCCUGGGCCAGCAGACGCGAAGCUGUUCAAACGAGUAUAUCAUCCUUUGCAUUGAGACCCAUAAAACUUACUGACCCAUCCUCAAUGCCAACUCAUCAAUGAACCCAGCCUAGCCAUCAGAAAUCCCAAACCCUCAGAAAAGAUUUAAAGAUGUUGUUUUCAGCACAUCUUUUAAGCUACGUGUAGCAUUUUGUUGUAGUUUCCUUUCACAAAGAGGCCAUUGGGACAUGCCACUCACUCCUCUUCUGACAUUGUUCUACUUAUGAGGAGGGAGGCUUUAACUUAAUCCUGACAGCUGCACAAGGGUAAGAUAAGAUUAGAUGGAGUUGAUUCUGUGCAGUGAAAGAUGACAAGAAGUCUUUUUCUUGUUGUAAAUCAGUUCAAAGAUUUCAAACCUGGUGGCACAUAUUGGGAUGUAAAUAAAACAAAGAGAUCGAGGGUUCCACUUUUGAUAAUAUGAAAAUAAUGCAAACAUGUCAAACACCAUAUGGAGAUGAAAUGAUACACACAGCAUCUUUUUUACCAAGAAGCGGCUUCAGUUGCAGAUCAACACAUCUGUUUAACACAGAUGGCUUUUUUUGCUGCAGCCACCCAGUUGUGUUGAGGAUAAAAUGCUUGUUUGUUCUUCUGAACACCAGCAGAGAUGGAGAACGGCUGCAGGAAUCUGCACAUCUCCUGAACCAUGGACGUCCAAAGACUUUUGUGAUAGAAUCAUCAAAGGCUAGAUUUUUCUGUUUACAGGUUGUCUUCGAAGUAUUUCUAAAUCAUCUCUAUGAAUUUCAGGAAAACAAAAAGUUUCUCUAUGUUAAAGAGUGGAACGUUGUAUUGUCCAUCUAUCAAAGGGAAGACGACACAACCAGUUUUGCCACCAAAGUCUUUUUCGAUGCACUGUAUUUUUUUUUUAUUAUUAUUUUAUUUUAUUUUUUUUUUAAGUUUCCUAUUUCAACACUUUUGAGAGUUUUAGUUGCAGCUUUUCAUCCAUGUUGGUAAUCUCACCUCAACAGCUCUUUCACUUAAAAGGCUUAUUUAAUUUAAAUUCAAUGAUUUAUUUAUACUGUCACAGCACAUAACGUAAAAUCAGAUGAUUAAAUUUGAGAAUGUAAUUUAUCGUUUUUCCACUGACUGUUUUCCUCUGCUUGUGUCUUUUUGUACAUUGUUCUUUUAAGUUAAGUUAGGGAAAUUCUUUUGAAUAUUGACGAUAGUCUAAAAUAAUUUCCACCAGGUGUAAAGGUGACAUUAAAUCAAGCAACACUGUUUAGUGUUUGCUUUGAAAACAAAAUAAAUGAGGGCCAAAGUGAGAGCACAUGUUUUGUAUAAAUAUUGGUGCUUUGUUAAAUAAAGAUUUCCCUUUUCAUAA